AUGACAAAGUAUUUUGUCAAUCAAGAAAAGUAUUUUUAUUUGAUUCUGUUACACAUGUACGCAGUAUUAUGUAUUGGAAUAACUAUAAUGUUGGGAAUAGGUACAAUGGUUAUUACAUACAUUGAGCAUAUUUGUGGAAUGUUUAGAAUUGCUAGUUAUCGUUUCGAUCAUGCAGUAAACAUCAAUAUUCUACAUAAUAGUACGAUAAAAAAUAUGAUUUUGAUGACCGAGGGUAUAAUUUAUGCCAUAGAUAUUCAUCGUCAAGCUAUGAAAUUGUCCAAGCAUGUAGUGUCCACAUUUGAGCUAACGAUACUUUGUUUCACAGGAUGUGUAGUAGCUUGUUUUAGUCUCAAUGUAUUUCAAGUAAGUUUUUGA